AGACCAGAAGGAGCAGCACACACAACCUAGCCGGCAGCAGCUUCCCAAGAGGGAUCUCCUCUUUGGCAGCGCUGUUGUAUAAGCUAGCCUUUAUUUGUCUAUAGAGAAGCAGGGAGAUUAGUGUUGUUGAGCAUCCUUCAAGAUGAUUACCGUUGGGCACCCGUUGGUCUUUGCUGUGGGGAUCCUAGGCAACAUCUUGUCGUUCCUGGUCACCCUUGCACCAGUGCCGACGUUUUACCGCGUGUACAAGAAGAAGUCGACGGAGUCGUUCCAGUCGGUGCCGUACGUGGUGGCGCUGCUGAGCGCAAUGCUGUGGCUCUACUACGCGCUGCUGAGCAUGGACGUCCUCCUCCUCUCCAUCAACGCCAUCGCCUGCGUCGUCGAGUCUGUCUACCUCGCCAUCUACCUCGUCUACGCGCCCAGGAACGCAAUGGUUUUCACCGCGAAGCUGCUGUGCAUCAUGAACAUGGGGCUCUUCGGGGCCAUGGUCGCCUUCCUGCAGUUCUUUGUCGAGGGCCGCCGCCGCGUCUCCAUCGCCGGCGGCGUCGGCGCCGCCUUCGCACUCGCCGUCUUCGUCGCUCCUCUCGCCAUCAUCCGGCAGGUGAUCCGGACCAAGAGCGUGGAGUUCAUGCCCGUCUGGCUCUCCUUCUUCCUGACCAUCAGCGCCGUCGUCUGGUUCUUUUACGGCCUCCUCAUGAAAGAUUUCUUCGUCGCGAUGCCCAACGUGCUGGGCCUACUGUUCGGCCUGGCCCAGAUGGCGCUCUACUUCGUGUACCGCAACCCCAAGAAGAACGGCGCCGUGUCGGAGAUGCAGCAGGUCGUCGCGCAGGCCGCCGACGCCGCCGAGAAGGAGCAGCAGCAACAGGCCCACGUCGCGGCGGCCACCCUCGACGCCGACGGGGAGGAGGCGGUGCGCGCCGACGACGGCGCCAAGGACGACGUCGUCGUCGACAUCAUGCCACCACUGCCGCCGCUACCAGCGGAGAGGGCGCCGCCGCUGCCGCCUCCGCCGGCGAUGAUCAUCCCGCAGCCGAGGGCCGUGGAGGUGGUCUGAUCGACCACGGUGAUGGGUGGAGAUCGACGUGUAUCGAUCUGGAGCGCACACGUGCACGACUGACCUAACUAUUAUUGCUUGCUGCUCGUUGGAUUAUUUACUUUGUGUGCGGCCUAUUUAUGUGUAUGUAUCGCGUGGCACCACGGUACAAGUAGACGCCUAUAAAGCUAUGCAUAGGAGUAUACGUAUAUGUAUGUAACGAAUGAAUGUCUCCUGUGGUGCACGUGCACGUACGUAUACGUGUUGUUAAGUUCGUUUAAAUCCGUGUACUGUGUAUGUGAUGAUCAUCAGUAGCCGUAGGAUUAUUUGGCCUUGUGU